AUGGCUUUUGAGGUUCGGUUUCGAAUACCCAGAGGCUUGCUCCCUCGCGGAUCAGACGACCAUCAUAGCAACGAUUCACGUUCCAAUGAUAGUCCAUGUGGCAAUAAACCAACGGCAUCGUCCCACGUGGACGUCCGCGUCGCUGCCUCUCCGGACGAGCCUCUCCGAUUGCUCUUCAACCGGCUGUUUCAGUCGCAUCUGGCCGACUGCUGCUUGCCGUGCGAUACACGUCUCGUGCAGCAGGGCGCAGCCAGUGGCGUGGACGCCGCUGGGGAGAGUGAUUCGGCGCGUGGGACUGGGACGCAGCAGCUGGUCCGUCUGGUUCGAGCAUCAGAGUGCUUCCUGGUGAAGAUCAAGGACAGCACCGUGCAUGGGGGUGGAGAGGGGAAGAGCAAGGACGGAGGUGAAGAUGCUGUGAGUGAUCCUGCUGCUGCGCCUGCUGGGAACGUGAUUCCUGCUGUUCCCGCCGCUGCUCCUCCUCCUCCCGCCGCUGUGGCUAGUACCACUCCACGUCCUCCUGCUGCUGAUCUUGCUGCUGCACCAGCUCCCUCACCUACCACCGCACCUGUUGCCAUACCCACACCUGCUGCCACACCCACACCUGCUGCCACACCUGCAGCCACACCUGCUGCGGCAUCUGCUCCAGCAGUGAUUAGGCCACGUGGGAUCGACUACAGCAAGUGGGACGUUAUCGGCUCUAGCAGCGACGAGGACGAGGAGGAGGAGCACGCGCACAACGUACACGAGCGUAGCGGGGCGCUGAACAGACACACGUCAGGGGGCGGCGCUGGCUUAAAGCCAGCAAUGGCGCCGAGUCUUGCGGGGACUUGUGGCGCGGGCCUUUCAGAACUCAAGGAGGUGAUUUGGCGUGCGCACCAGGACGUGGUGAGGCGCUACGGUUUCCCAGACGUGGUGGUCAGUAAGGCCCACAAGGCGUCUGGAGGGGAAGGCCGGGGAUCAGGGAGAGCGAGGGGUAAGGACGUACCUGGGAAGCUUCAGCUGCUGAGUCGGGAGGACAUGGUUCACUACCUGGACGUGAGGGGCGCGUGGGAUUUGAAGGAGUGCGAGUGCUGCUUCGACCGCGCUCUCACCCUGGGAGCAGAGCGCGCUGUGACCAUGCAGAGCCUCACGUUCGCCCGAGCGCUCCUGCAGAAGCAGCUGCCUGGCGCCACGCCCUUUGUGCCGCGCCCCGAUGCAGUGGACACGGGCAUGCUGGCGUUUGGAGAGCAAGGCGAGCGCGCAUCGGUGGCGUCGCCCCAUGCGCAGUUCUCCUGCAAGUAUGCUCUCGCGCCCUUCGUCUGUGUGGAAGGCAUCAUGCUCGAGUGGAUGGCUGAGCCGCGUGUGGGCAUGCUCAUGGACCUGGGGACGAUCAGAUCCCGCCUGUGGCCACGAAUGGACACCAUAUGGAAAGUGCAUGUGGAUAUAUAUGAUGCCGUAUACCCAGCGCUAGCAGGGCAGUUGGGGGCGGGCCGACAGGUGGAGGAGGACUGCGCUGCCUCCGUGCUGGUGCAGGUGCUGGGGGUGAAGGAGAGCGCUGAGUUGAAGGAAGGGUUUGGGUUCUUCGUGCAGCAUGUGCUGUCAGGCGGGCUGGAGAAGGCGCAUGCGGAGGGGAAGGGGCGUGGGGGAGCUGGGCGGAAGACUGCUGGGAAGGUGGAGGGGAAGGGGCGUGGGGGAGCUGGGCGGAAGACUGCUGGGAAGGUGGAGGGGAAGGGGCGUGGGGGAGCUGGGCGGAAGACUGCUGGGAAGGUGGAGGGGAAGGGGCGUGGGGGAGCUGGGCGGAAGACUGCUGGGAAGGUGGAGGGGAAGGGGCGUGGGGGAGCUGGGCGGAAGACUGCUGGGAAGGUGGAGGGGAAGGGGCGUGGGGGAGCUGGGCGGAAGACUGCUGGGAAGGUGGAGGGGAAGGGGCGUGGGGGAGCUGGGCGGAAGACUGCUGGGAAGGUCGAGGGGAAGGGGCGUGGGGGAGCUGGGCGGAAGACUGCUGGGAAGGUGGAGGGGAAGGGGCGUGGGGGAGCUGGGAAGCGUGCGGGGCUGAUGGGACAGACGGGGCAAAGCGGGAAGAUGGAGCAGGCAAUGGGCGCGGUGAUGCGGAUAGUGCAGAUGGGCGAUUGCAAGGGGCCGGAGGACUGGUUGCCUGUCAUGGAGGAGUAUGGAGUUGAGCUGGCAGAUGUGGCACACCUGGGCCAGAUGUUUGGGGGUGAUGGCGUGGGGGCCAUAAGAAUGGCUCUGCCUUUUGACCUGAAGGGAAAGGAAGUGGGGGGUGGGAAGGAAGGGGUGGGCGGUGGUGAUAGGAAGGGUGAGAAUUGGAGGGGGAAUUUGAAGGGGCGUGAGUGGGAGAGGUAUGUGGAUGGCAUGGCUUGGAUCCUGGAGCAUGGAGGCGGGGAAGGGAGGGAGUUCCGUGGCGUGGGCGCCACUGACUUCGCCCUGGCCGUCGCUUCUGUUUUCUCCAUGCCAGAGCACCGCAAGCUGGGAGCCAUGUUCUUUGCAACGUCUCAAAGCGCGACCAGCAGCAAUGUGCAGGAUGCAGCUGUUGAGGUGGCGCAGGAGAGGCUACGGAAUCGGAAGCUGACAAUUGGGAAGUCAGGGAAAGAGGGGAACGAGGGAGGGGCAACAGGAGGAGGAGCGGAAGCAGCACCAGGAAAAGAGCGACUAGCUCCCAGUGCUGCUGCUCUGUCAGCCGGAGCUGGAUCUGCUGAUUACAGUAGUGUCUCUGGUGGUAUGAGUGGAGGCAGCAGCAUGAGCAGCGGUGGGAUGCUCAGUCGUGGCCUUAUGUUGGUCAACACAGACCCCACCAUUGGGCUGCUCACAUAUCACGUUGCUUGCAUCUUGCAGUGUCUUCGAAUCUACGGCUCAGAUUUCAUCUCCGCCAAGAUGUGCUGCAAGGACAGCCCACAGGGAAAGGUCCUGCCCAUGCGCCACCCGCUUCGGGAUCUCCCGAGCCUGCUGGUCCGGUUUGGCGCUGUUCUCCUGCCAUUGGACGAAAGCACCCGCCUCCUGGAGUGGGAGGAGUGGGCCACGGGGGACGAAGCUGCUAUGAAGUUUCCUGAGGACUCCACUGCAAGAUAUGUGGACUUGAUAGUGGAGUUUGCGGGUUUGUUCCUGGAGGCACCAGCAUGCGCGCACUGCAGCAGGUGCAUAACACUGUACAUCUCGCAUGUCCCCUUGGUCACUCUCAUUGCCAACUUCGCCUACCGCCCUGCCGCCGUCCUCCUCGACCGCUUCCUCUCCGUCUUCAAGCCGCACUCUGAGGUCUUUCACAGCCUUCUCGUCCGCCUGGGGCUGGACUCUUCACUUAACGCUCCUCACGGCAGUCGGUCUGGCAAGCGGAGCAGCAGCAGCAGCGUGCGUGCGUUACGGGAGUGGGUGGAGCAGGUGCCGGUUGCCUUUCUGCUCAGCCUGGCGCUGCUCUGCGCCUCGCCUCUCCUGCAGCAGAGCGGCACGGAAGGCGGGCAGAAUAUCAGUGCUGGAGGGGGUAACUCUUUGGCUAAAGAGAAGGCAGGCGGGAGGAGGGCAGGACGUGGGGUUUGCGGGGAAGGCAGAGGGGGUGGAAAGGGUGGUGAGGUUGAAGGAGAUUGUGGGGUGGUGUGGGAGGAGGUGCAGUCCUGGUUCAUGUUGGCAAUGCUGCCUGCCUCUGGCAUGGGGAGUGGCGGGGUGGGCUGUAGUGGCAGGCAGGCAAGGGAGGAGGAAGUGAGAGCACGGGCGGACGAGGCAACAGAGGUGUACCAGUGCUCUCUGCUGCCCAGAUUCCGUCAAGACAUGAAACAUGGGAGUGGGCUCGGUGGUUUUAGCAAGCGGAAGGGCAAGAAGGGGGGGGAGCCGGCUUACCUCAAGCCAUGGCCUGGAGGGAUCAAUCUGGUGGCGUGUCUGCGAGAGAUGCUGCUGGGGGAGCCCUGCUACCGCUCUGUCUCCCCUGCUGCCUCUUCCGCCCCUGCUGAUCCAACCACUGGAACUGGAGGAAACAAUGUGGCCGCGUCUCUUUCAGUUGCAGAAGGCUCGGGUGCUGCUGCUACUAGGCGGCGUGUGUGCGGUGCUGCGGGGUGCGUGAAGGUGGAGGGUGGUGGUGUAUUGGGAAGAAGAUAUGCCACACCGCGCCCAAUGCAGCUGGGGGCGGGAUCGGGCAGGGACGUGAUCAACGCGUUCGUGCAGGCGCUGAGUAGCGACUCGGGCAGCCAGGGCAGCGGCGCGGACGCGAGUGUGAAGUCGUGGUGGGCCAUCAGCGCCGCGUACUUCCAGAAAGACGCUAACGGCGGCAAGAAGAACAUGAGCUCCAAGGUUCGCCUGGCGGGGACUGUGAGUGACAACUAUUCACACGUUGUGAAGAGCAAGGUGGGGGCGGGCAAGCCGUUGCCUCUAGACCCACAGGGCAUCUACGUGGUUCUCACCAGCGCUGACGUUACUCUCGGGGGCUUCUGUUCAGAUGCCCUGACGCGUGCGGGGUAA